AUGUUUGCAGACAUCAAGCAAUACUUUGAGUCUCAGCUUCCCAAGGUUGAGGCUGCCUUGGACGAGAGCAUGAAUGUCUUGAAGCGGGAUUGGCCGUACGACUCGAAAGCCGAGACUGUUCACGAGAGCAUGCGGUACUCUCUCAUGGCAGGUGGAAAGAGGAUUCGUCCCAUUCUCACUCUUGCAGCAUGUGAAAUGAUGGGUGGAACCGAGGAGAUGGCGAUGCCGACUGCCCUCGCUGCUGAGAUGAUCCAUACGAUGUCUUUGAUCCACGAUGAUCUUCCGUGCAUGGACAACGACGACCUCAGACGCGGCAAGCCAACCAACCACAAAGUGUUCGGUGACGACAUCGCCGUGCUUGCUGGAGAUGGUCUGCUCAGCUACUCCUUCGAGUACAUCGCAAGAUACACUAAGGGUGUAGCACCUGAGCGGGUCCUGGAUGUCAUUGCGCGAUGUGGCAAGUGUGUGGGCGCCCUCGGUCUUGUGGGCGGUCAGGUGGUGGACAUCCAGUCGGAAGGCAAGAAGGACGUCACCAUCGAGACAUUGCAGUGGAUUCAUGAGCACAAGACAGCUGCUCUCCUUGAGUUCUGCGUCGUUGGCGGAGGCAUUCUUGGUGGCGCCAACGAGGAGCAGAUCCAAAGGCUCUCCAAGUUCGCAAUGAACAUCGGUCUCAGCUUCCAGAUCAUCGACGAUAUUCUCGAUGUCACUCAAGACUCUGCAACUCUCGGCAAGACUGCAGGGAAGGAUCUGCUGGUGGACAAGGCUACCUACCCUAAGCUCAUGGGGCUGGAGAAGAGCAAGGAGAGGGCAGAGGCUCUUAUCGCUGAGGCCAAGGACCAGCUCAAACCUUGGGGUGACAAGGCGGCUCCCCUCAUGGCCCUUGCCGACUUCAUCACUGCAAGGAAGAAUUAA